UUCCGGUGAAGAUCAUGUCUAACACCAAUGGAGACUCACUCGAUACCAAACGAAACCCUAACAUUCCGCUAUCAGAACGCCGUCCUCUCCUCAAGAAAUCCAGGACCAUCGCCGAUUCCACCACCGCUCACUUCCCUGGUCCACUCUUCCCGACCGUCCGCCGGGUCUCCUCCUCUGAUGACUCAACUCCUCCUGUUCCACCGUCUUCUUCCUCCAACUGGUCUCCUAGAAGAUCAUUUGACUCAUCCGACAGCUCCAGCACCACUACCAGCGACACUUUCCCCGGUCAAACUUUCGGCUUUGCUGAUCGUGAUUAUGUUUAUCCAUCCUUUCUUGGACCUAACACCACUCGGAACCGUGUCACGGUUGUCAAAUCUUCUGCGUCUAAGUCUCUGAGGAAACAACCGCCCGUGUCUUCUCCGUCUCCUUCUCCGGUUCGAAGCUCUUCGAUGCCUAAGGAUUUGGCUGCUGCAGAGCGAAGCGAAGUGGAAUUGGUUCGUACGAGUCCAAUUAAGUCAAAUUCACCAGCACCGGGGUCAGAUACUAUAUCGGAGAGAAUCGUUAAGUCAGUGCCUGCUCAAGUUCCGGUUUCUUCUUUGAUUUCUUCGUCUCCCCUAAGUUCAUCUACUCCUACUCGGAAAACCGCCAGGAUCAGGAGUUCGUUGACACUCAACCUGCUGGUACUUUUAUGUGUAGUGUUUGCAUCUUAUGCAAUUAUAUUGAGGAAUGAAGUCAUGAAGCUUCAGGUAGAGAAUGACAAUCUUAGUAGAAUUCAUAAUAAUAAGGACAUUCCUCAUAAUGAAAGCAUCGACGUUUUGAAGCAAGAUAUAGAGGAUUCAUUUGUGUAUAUUGGCAACACCGACAGUCGGACCAUUGCUCUCUACGUUGUUCUGUUUACACUUGUUACACCUUUUGUAUUGUACAAAUACCUUGAUGAUCUUCCCCGGAUUAAGAAUAUCUCGAAGCGGGCAAAAAAUAACAAAGAGGAGGUUCCACUAAAGAAGAGAAUUGCGUAUAUGGUGGACGUGUGCUUCUCUAUCUAUCCUUAUGCGAAGUUGCUUGCGCUUCUCUUUGCAACCAUCUUUCUCAUAGCAUUUGGUGGCUUGGCACUUUAUGCUGUCAGUGAUGGUAGCCUUGCUGAAGCCCUUUGGCUUUCUUGGACAUUUGUGGCAGAUUCAGGAAAUCAUGCAGAUAGGGUUGGCACUGGACCAAGAAUUGUUUCAGUCUCUAUAAGUUCAGGAGGGAUGCUGAUAUUUGCAAUGAUGCUAGGGCUUGUUUCAGAUGCUAUCUCAGAGAAGGUGGAUUCAUUGCGGAAAGGGAAAAGCGAAGUAAUCGAAAGCAACCACAUACUAGUUCUUGGAUGGAGCGACAAAUUGGGUUCACUUCUAAAGCAGCUGGCAAUAGCAAAUAAGAGCAUUGGUGGUGGCGUUGUUGUUGUCCUGGCAGAAAGAGACAAGGAGGAGAUGGAGAUGGAUAUAGCAAAGCUUGAAUUCAGCUUCAUGGGCACUUCGGUUAUAUGCAGAAGUGGCAGUCCUCUCAUUCUUGCGGACUUGAAAAAGGUUUCAGUUUCAAAGGCACGUGCUAUAAUCGUACUGGCAGCAGAUGAAAAUGCAGAUCAGAGUGAUGCACGUGCCUUGAGGGUUGUGCUUAGCCUUACUGGAGUGAAAGAGGGACUGAGGGGUCAUGUUGUUGUAGAGAUGAGUGAUCUUGACAAUGAACCCCUGGUGAAGCUUGUUGGAGGAGAGCUAAUUGAGACAGUGGUUGCACAUGAUGUGAUUGGACGGUUGAUGAUACAGUGUGCUCUGCAGCCCGGCCUUGCACAGAUAUGGGAAGAUAUCUUGGGGUUUGAAAAUGCUGAGUUCUAUAUCAAAAGGUGGCCCCAGUUGGAUGGAUUGCGGUUUGAAGAUGUACUCAUUUCCUUUCCGGACGCCAUCCCUUGCGGAGUGAAAGUUGCUGCAGAAAGAGGGAAGAUAAUAAUAAACCCAAAAGAUGAAUAUAUAUUAAAAGAGGGUGAUGAGAUACUUGUGAUAGCUGAGGAUGAUGACACAUAUUCCCCUGGCUCUUUACCAGAGGUGCGAAGGGGUCUCUUCCCAAAGAAAGUGGACCCUCCAAAAUUUCCAGAAAAGAUACUAUUUUGUGGUUGGCGACGGGAUAUUGAUGAUAUGAUCAUGGUUCUAGAGGCAUUCUUGGCACCAGGUUCAGAGUUAUGGAUGUUUAAUGAGGUCUUGGAAAAGGAGAGAGAGAAAAAGUUGGUCGAUGGUGGACUUGAUAUUCUAGGACUGGUUAACAUUAAACUCGUCCAUCGUGUAGGGAAUGCGGUCAUCAAAAAGCAUUUGGAGACCCUGCCUUUGGAGACGUUUGAUUCAAUUCUGAUUCUUGCAGAUGAAUCUGUGGAAGACUCGAUUGUGCAUUCCGAUUCACGAUCUCUAGCCACCCUUCUCCUCAUCCGAGACAUUCAGUCGAAGCGUCUUCCUUAUAAAGACACAAGCUCAACGCCUCUCCGUGUUUCUGGUUUCUCUCAUAGCUCUUGGAUUCGUGAAAUGCAGCAAGCUUCUAACAAAUCAAUAAUAAUAAGCGAGAUCUUGGAUUCUAGGACUAGGAACCUUGUUUCCGUAACCAAAAUUAGCGAUUACGUGCUAUCAAAUGAGCUCGUGAGCAUGGCUCUAGCAAUGGUAGCAGAAGAUAAACAGAUAAAUCGUGUCCUUGAGGAGCUCUUUGCUGAAGAGGGAAACGAGAUGUGCAUUAAACCAGCAGAAUUCUAUCUGUAUGAUCAAGAAGAACUCUGUUUCUACGAUAUCAUUAUCAGGGGUCGUGAAAGGCACGAAAUCGUUAUUGGGUAUCGGUUGGCAACAGCAGAACGGGCCAUAAUCAAUCCUGUAGACAAGGAUAAGCCGGUUAAGUGGUCCCUUGAUGACGUUUUUGUCGUAAUCGCGUUGGGCGAAUGAGCUGCCUCGGCAUCAAGCUACAGUAAAUACGUGUCGGAAAAAGGCAAUCCUUUUGGCAUAAGCCCUGUUUCGACCAGUUUAUUCGAGUAAACUACUAAUGUUCAUUUGGGCUUCUCUCAAAAAUCACCCAAAGGGGAUGAUUUAACAGUUGGGAGGACCGAUCCCUUUUUAAGAUAGGUGUAAAGUUGAGUAAGUGCAUGCUGUACAGUUGCGAAUGUUUCUAUCGGUAUUUUUUCAUUUGAACGGUACGAAGAGAUAAAUGUUGUAAAGAUUGUGCGGAAAGUUUCGAGAAGAAGUGAUCCCGGAAACGAAACAUACUAAAAAACAAUCGUCUUCGAACUUGUGAACUUGAUUGUUUGUUACUGUGAAAUGUGAAUGAACAUAUUUCUUUCAUC